ACACACACACACAGCAAAGAGCCCAUAAGCCCUGAGCAAUGCAGAGCCCACCAUAUCAUAGAUAAGGGACAGAAAGAAAGAGCUGGGAAAAGAGCGCAGAGCGCAGAGAGAGACUGACACCGGAGCGGACACAACAGAGAUGAGUCGGACCGAGCGGGACGAGCCCCGGCCACCCUGCCACCGGAACCGCAGCCACGUCGCAAAGGACACCGAGAGUUGUGCAUGAGAAUAAAUGCUGUGAGGUCUGGAGGAGAGCAUUCAUGCCUGCAGAGAGGCUGGCGCUGGUCAAUGCAAGAGUCAACCGCCUGAAGUGUCUCCGGCCACAGAUGAACUGAGCACAGACUUGAUCGUCCGUUGGAUUAAACAUCCACUCAUUUUCUCUCAUUCCUGCAUGCGAUCACCUUUUAUCAUCCUCAGUGGGCAGAACAUUUACGCGCUGAAGAUUGUUUCUCCCAUGGCGAGCUCUUGGGUCUCUCAACCGGGAACCAUUUGCAGCUCCAAGACUUUGUUCUUGCUGUCCUCCGUUCUGGUGCUGCUGCCACAGGGGCCUCUCCGAGCAGCCAGCAGCCCCAUCUCCAGCAGCCAUCAGAGGCAUCGCCCGGCCCCGGGGCUGGGAGACGGGCAUGGGGGAGUGGUGGAUCUGUCGCAGCUGGAGCAGGACAGCGGUGUGGAUGUACAGAGUGUGGUGGAGAGUCUGAAAGAACAGUUUCUGCGGACUUUCAACCUGUCUGGACUGGGUCCCCCCGCCUUGCCUGCUGGAAGUAUGCGAGAGGAGCCGCCUGAGUACAUGAUGGAGCUUUACAACCGCUUUGCAAAUGACCGCACGUCCAUGCCCACUUCCAACAUCAUCCGCAGCUUCAAAAACGAAGAUUCGUCUCCCAGCGUUGUGGACGUUGGCGGGGUGAGGCGUCACCCCCUCCUCUUCAACGUGUCGGUCCCCCAUCAUGAGCGCAUCACCGCCGCCGAGCUUCGCCUCUACACCCUGGUCCAGACGGACCGCCACCUCUACGCCGGCGUCGACCGAAAGGUCACCAUCUACGAACUGGAAUCCCGUGACGGGGAUGGCAACGUGACGGACGUGAACGCCGUGAGAGGAGACGGGUUCAGAGAGGGAGGAGCGCGAGACGCGCUGGUGGAACUGGCUUCGCGGCAGGUUUACGGCACAGAUAACGGCUGGGAGGCUUUCGACCUCAUCUCUGCCGUUCAGCGCUGGCGCAAAUCCGACCGCGGCACCACGCAUCGGCUGGAGGUGCACAUUGUCAGCAUCGCUAACGACGAAGACAUUCAAGCCAUGAAAGAAGACGGCAAGCGUGAGAGUCCGCCGGAAGGGGACAUGAAGAUCGACACCAGCACAGAAGAGAAACACAAACCGCUGCUGAUCGUCUUCUCCGACGAUCAAAGCAGCGAUCACCGGGAAGACAAGCGCGAGCUGAAGGAGAUGAUCGACCACGAGACCUCAAACGUUCUGCAGAACGAUUUGGGGGCCGGACUGAACGGGCUGUGGGGGGAGCUGGGAGCGGAGAGGGAAGAAGGAGACGACGAAGGAGAGCCGGACGAAGAGGACCUCAUCCAGAUGCGCUCCAACCUGAUCUACGACACCGCCUCACGAAUCCGCCGCAACGCCAAGGGGAACCACUGCAAGAAGAAGUCCCUGUACGUCGAGUUCAAAGACAUCGGGUGGGACAGCUGGAUUCUGGCGCCCACCGGCUACGACGCCUUCGAGUGCAGCGGCGUUUGUUCCUUCCCCCUGACGAAGCAUGUCACCCCCACCAAGCACGCCAUCGUGCAAACGCUGGUCAACAUCAACAGUCCCCAGAGGGCGGCGCCGGCGUGCUGCGUGCCCACCAAGCUGGACCCCAUCUCCCUGCUGUACCUGGACGACACGGGCGUGGUCACCUACAAGUACAAAUUCGAAGGCAUGGUGGUGGCCGAGUGCGGCUGCAGAUAGUCCGGACUGUCAGAGAGGACGCCUCUUUGUCGAAGUCUUAGAGCCAGAGGGAGGACGGAACACUAAGCUAACGAGCGAGACGAGCCAAGAGAAGAGACAGACGCUCAUCGGCCUCUUCGCAAAAAGUCACUCACUGUGACUGGAACAUGAUUUCUGUAUUCAUAGAACGACGGGCGCUCCGAGAGAAGGAGUGUGGACAAGUCCAACUCUGCAACCAUAAGACAGAAACAAGUAUUUCAUCUU